GUGAGAGACUGAACCAAAAGGCUAGGGUUUUUCGCUACGGAGAGGAAGAUGGCGACGAAGAAGUCAUUGACAGUUGAAGAAGUUCUAAAAGAGAAGAAAACACAUGACCUCGAUUCCGUCAAGGAACUUAACCUUGGCCACAGAGCUCUCACCGACGUGUCUUGUUUGAGCAAGUUCAAAAACUUGGAGAAGCUCGACCUCCGCUUCAACAAUCUCACUGAUCUCCAGGGACUCAAGUCCUGUCUGAAUUUGAAGUGGCUGUCAGUUGUGGAAAAUAAAUUACAGAGCUUGAGUGGUAUUGAAGGAUUAACUAAGCUUACAGUGUUGAAUGCUGGAAAGAAUAAGCUCAAGUCUAUGAAUGAGAUCUCUUCCCUUGUCAAUUUGUGUGCCUUGAUUUUGAACGAUAAUGAAAUCUCCUCUCUUUGCAAGCUAGAUCUAUUGAAAGACUUGAACAGUCUCGUGCUGUCUAGGAACCCUAUCAGUGAAAUCGGUGACUCACUUUCAAAGCUGAAAAAACUCACAAAAGUUUCUUUGUCUGAAUGCAGAAUAAAAGCUAUCGGGUCUUCUCUCAAGUCAUGCUCUGAUUUGAAAGAGCUACGACUCGCUCACAAUGAGAUUAAGGCUCUGCCAGCAGAACUUGCACUCAACAAGAGACUCCUGAAUCUGGAUGUGGGAAACAAUAUGAUCACUAGUCUCUCUGGUUUAGAGGUUUUGGGUACACUAUCUUGCUUGCGAAACUUGAAUAUUCGAGGAAACCCAAUCUCUGACAACGAGAAGUCAGCUAAGAAGGUGAGAAAGUUGCUCCCUCCUUCAGUGAAUGUCUUUAACGCUAAACCCUUGGAUAAAAACUCCAGGAAUGCAAAGCAUGUUAGAUUUGAUACCGAAGAUGUGACCUUUGAUAGUCGUCACAGCAAAUCAGCAGAAGAAGAAGAAGAGGAAGAAUCCAAAGUGGAUCGAAAGAGCAAGAAGAGCUCUAAGAGAAACAAGUCGGAGGAGGAAGAAGAAGAAGCUGAUAAUGAAGGUAGCAAGAGCAAGAAGAAGAAGAAGUCUAAGAGCAAUCCAGAUAUAGAUCAAAUUCAAGAAGAAGAUAGGCAGAAGAGAAGUCUGGGUAACAUGGACGAUGAUGCUACUGAGAAGAAACAGAAAAAGGCUACCACUAGUCCUAAGAAGUUAAUCGAUGCUAUCGACGAUGCUGAAACCUCUUUGGCUGAAGUCUUUUCCAGGGAAGACGUAUCGAAAGAUUCUGGAGAUGGUGUUGAGAAGAAGAACAAGAGGAGCAGUGUGCAAGAGACGGGUGUGGUGAGAGUGGUAGAUACUCAAGGUAACAAGAAGAAGAAGAAAACAGGAAAUAAGCAGAGCAAGAGUGCAGUGGUUGAGCUUCCUGGGGAAGUUGAAAUCGGGUUGGGAGGAGAGUCAAAGUGGGAGUGAACCGGAAAACUUAAAAUUCAGAUGGUGCUCGCAUUUCAGAGAGAAGGGGAUAGUUGUGUUGGUGAAAACAGAUGUUUAGUGAUCUUGUUUGAGAAAAGUUUUUGCAGCGUUGAGAAGGGUUUAAUUUUGUUGUGAGAUGCACUCUGUUAUACAGUUUUUUUUUUAUUACCUAUUUAUGGAAAAGCUCUGUCAUGUGUUCUGGUGAA